CGACUAGUUGCGAGUAUAUCGUGAUGGUUCAACUUGCUCAUAUGGUUCAAAUUACCCGAACUUCCUCUAAUAUGUUCAAAACGAUUGAAAGAUUAAUUAUUUGUGACAUCAACAUCACUUAAGGGGAAUGGGCGGAAAUCCAAAGCGUCACCUCAUCGGCAAGCGCGAAGAGAAUCUACUACAAAAAUCAAUACGGAUACUGAGGACUCGUAAUAAUCGGGUCUGCAUUUGUAACAGACGCCAGCAGAGGAGAAGAAGAAGUGAACGAAAGGCCAGCACCACAUUGGGUAUCAUUGUUGGUGCAUUCGUUGUCUGCUGGCUGCCAUUUUUUAUGUUGGCAUUAAUCAGGCCAUUCUACAAACCUGAUGAUAUCCCGCAUUCAGUAUCGUCUCUGUUUCUCUGGCUCGGUUAUUGCAACAGUGCGUUAAACCCCAUUAUUUAUGCGAUUUUCAACAAGGAAAUCCGUAAGCCAUUUAUCUUGAUAAUGUGUUUACAAUGGCGUAAUCUCAAUGAGUUAAUGCGCGAGGAGUAUUACCAUCAACAAUUCGGUGAACGAAGGACAAGGAACGGCAUAAACGGCAACGAAGCUACGGAAAAUACAGAGGGUGCAAAUCUCGUUGAUGAUAACAAUAAGAAUAUCAGAAAUAAUAAUCAUGAUAUCGACAAUAAUAACCAAAACGUCGAUAAUAACAACCAGAAUGUCGACAACAGCAAUCAUGUCGACCAGAAUAAUCAAAACAUCGGGGAUAAUAAUCAGGAUGCUAAUGGUAAUAAUCAAGAUAAUAAUCAAGUUAAUAAUCAAGAUAUCAGUAAUAACAAACAAGAUGUUGGAAAUAAAAAACAAAACAUCAAUGAUAACAAUCAGAUCGACAUUACCGAGAAAUCCGGUGAGAUGCCCCGCUUCUGAUCUGAGGAGUGUUCCUCGAAUAACGAGGACCGUGGUAUUCGACGAAGAUCAUCGCCGUACUGCAUGGAUACUUUUCAAGUCAUUGCUGAAGUUCAUACACCUUGCAUAACCGAGACCCUUGUAUAAUUGAACAAGAAGAAUGCUAAACAUAUUCUAAAAUAAUGACUGAAUGAUUUUUUUCAAGAAAAUUUCCUUAUUAUUUAAUUAAAAGGGGACAAAUAAA